AUGACAGACGCAGAGGAGCGUUUUUUGGACGCCGUGCAGCAAGCCUACGAUAACAAGGCCCUUACGCUUUACUUCAGCUACCAAGAGGACUUUGACGCCAUCCCGGCGGCCAUCAAGGCGCUUCGUGAGACGCUGGAGGUGCUGCAUGUGGACAACAACUACUCUCUCACUGCGCUGCCUCCGGCGAUCGGGGACCUCGGUCGUCUCCGCUGGCUCAAUGCGAGCUACUGUCGACUGAUGUCUCUCCCGCAGGAGCUUGGGCGUCUCUCGCACCUGGAACGCCUGUACCUGAGCAACAAUCUGCUGCAGUCGGUGCCAGUGGAGAUGUGGCAGCUGAAGAGUCUUCAGGAAUUGCGCCUGGACAACAAUAAGCUACGCGUGCUUCCUGGCGGCAUUCUCUUCCUACUGCGGCUGGAGAGUUUGACGUUGGAGAACAACCCGCUGUUUGUACCAGAGGACGUUGCGGGUGCGGCUCCGUCGACGCUUGUGUCGCCGUUGAGUUCUGUGGACUGCUCAAACUGCUGCGUGCGAGUGCGGAACUAUGAAGUGCUGAUAACAUUCCACAACGUCGCCGCGCUGCGGUCAGUUCCCUUCAUGCACUGCCUUUGCUCACCGGUGUGCAGGCGACACCUGGAGGUACGUUUAGCGGAGUACGACGCGUCGCACUCCUCUCCGAAUGCAGCGUCAUCGCCGUCGUAA